CCUCGCCGCGCAUUGGGCGAUCUAGGAAACAAGCAAGGGCCCGGGGGAAGCACUGUUAAGCGCGGGUUUGGCAAGGACUUGACCAACCAGUCCUCUCAGGCGAAUAAUGGGAGCGUGAAGAAAAGAACCGGUGACAGUACGAAGGAGAACCACGGCAGCAUCAGGAAACACAGUGAAGGUGCCAGGAAGAAGGGACUGACGACAAGCAGGGCAUCAAAGACGAUACUUUCGCUAUCUCCUUCAAAAGGCGUAAAGCACCUGAAAAAAGACACACAAUCGACCAAGGCCCCAAAGUUAAGCACCAUGACACCGCAGGCCGUUGUGGAGGACAAACAGUUGGGUAACUCGUGGGAGAUCGAGUACGCGCCCAAACCUGAGGCUGACGUGGACGAUCCAAUCACAUCGGACCACGGGCAGUACAUGGAGGCCCUCAUAAAGCCCUUCAAGCGCACGUUAUCACCCCCUGGACCAUCACCACGCGCAUCGCUCACUGCGCCAAUGCGCACUGUGUGUCGCGAUGAUUUAUCGUCCGACGAUGACGCCCCGUCCGCAUAUGGCCACUUUGCGACUUCUAUAGGCACGUUGCCAAGAACGACGGCAGAAACAUUACCAUUAGCAAGACUGCACUCUGCAUAUGGUCCCCCAUUGUACUUGGGAGCCAUUGGCCUGAUCAUGUGGAAUUGCUUCACCUGUGGUAUAGCAACGCAUGGAGGAGUGGUAGCAACGCACGGUAAUAAGGGAAAGCGCCAGUACGCUCCCAGCACAUUGGCAGUUGAAAUGACUAUUCCAAAUGCACUGUUUUUACGGCAAAAUCAGUAG